AUGUUCCGCAUGCGCAGCAGCGAGAUGGAGUUCCUGGCGGAGCAAGAGCUCAUCUCGGUCAUGCCCUUCUUCGAGCUCAAAGAGAAUGGCGGCCUGCUCCAUGGCAUCGGCGGCGACUAUGGGCCGUUCCACCCGUCGAUGGCGACGCCCGUUCCUCUUUGGCUCGCGAUCAAGCUCAAGCAGCUAAACAAGUGUCGGAUCCUCCAGCCGUCCUGGUUCACCGUCGAGCACUUGAUGGAGCGCUUGGAGGGCGAGAACACGAGCGAGGCCUUUGAAUCGCUGCCGUUCCACUACCUCGAGAUGGCCACGCUGCUCCUGAAGAACGCACCCGAUGACAUGGAGCAGGCCGAGAAGAUGCGGCUAAUCCUCGAGGACAUCCAGCACACGCGCCAAGAGAAGAUCCGGAACGGUCUCUGCGUGCUUGCCAAGGACGUGCAGACGGGCGGCAGUGCCCACGCAGUCCAGCUCAACAACGUUGCCGCCAUGGAGAUCAAUUCCGUGCGGCAGUUUAUGACCAAGUCGCUCAAGAAGUUCUACGAGCUCAACGUCAUGGGCGGCACAGGUAUGUGGCUCUGCAUUUUCCGUAUGCUCCGGUAA